UCUGGACCAUCUUGUCCCCAUUGCUCAUGGGCUGCUCCUCCUCCUCCUCGUCCCCAGUCCCGGUGCGGAGCGGCGGCUCGCGAUGGUGCUUUACAACUUCAAGAAGAUCACGGUGGUGCCGUCCGCUAAGGAUUUCAUUGACUUGACCUUGUCAAAAACUCAACGGAAGACACCAACAGUGAUUCAUAAAAACUAUCACAUCAGCCGAAUUCGUCACUUUUAUAUGCGCAAGAUCAAAUUUACCCAACAAAACUAUCAUGAUCGUCUCAGUUUGAUUCUAACUGAUUUUCCUAAACUUGCCGACAUACACCCUUUUUAUGCUGAUUUGAUGAAUGUGCUUUACGAUAAAGAUCACUACAAGCUGGCAUUGGGGCAAAUUUACGUUGCAAGGAACCUCGUUGACCAUGUUGCUAAGGACUAUGUGCGUCUGAUGAAAUAUGGUGAUUCUCUGUACCGUUGCAAACAACUGAAACGUGCAGCACUUGGCCGCAUGUGUACUAUUCUCAAACGACAGAAACAAAGUUUGGAGUAUUUGGAGCAAGUUCGGCAACAUCUUUCUCGUCUGCCAUCUAUCGAUCCUAACACAAGGACGUUGUUGCUUUGUGGUUACCCUAAUGUUGGAAAAUCCAGCUUUAUUAACAAGAUUACUCGGGCAGAUGUUGAAGUGCAACCCUAUGCUUUUACCACAAAAUCAUUGUUUGUGGGACAUAUGGAUUACAGAUACCUGCGCUGGCAGGUAGUUGAUACGCCUGGAAUUUUGGAUCAUCCAUUGGAGGAGCGGAAUACCAUUGAGAUGCAGGCGAUCACUGCACUGGCUCAUCUCCGUGCUGCUGUUCUAUAUGUGAUGGAUGUGUCAGAGCAGUGUGGCCACACUGUGGAAGCACAGUUGGAACUCUUCAAAAAUAUUCAACCUCUUUUUGCAAAUAAGCCCCUUAUUAUCAUUGCAAAUAAAUGUGAUGUAAAGAAGAUCGACGAACUUACAGAAGAACAGAAGAAAAGCUUUGCAGAUUUAAUGGCAGAUGGAAUCAUUGUAACAGAAACAAGUACUUUGACAGAGGAGGGGAUCAUUAAAGUUAAAACUGAGGCAUGUGACAGCCUCCUUGCUCAUCGUGUUGAUAGCAAAAUGAAAGGCAAGAAGGUGAAUGAUUUACUGAACAGACUCCAUCUAGCUGUUCCAUCAAAGAGAGAUGAAAAGGAAAGGCUGCCAUGGAUACCUGAAGGAGCUUCCAAACGCAGAAAAAUGGAAGUUGAUGCUCCAAAACGUAAAACGGAGCGGGACUUGGAGUUGGAGUUGGGUGAUGAUUAUGUCCUGGACCUGCAGAAACACUGGGAUUUAAAGAAUGAGUCUGAGAAGCAUGAUCUGAUUCCUGAAGUAUGGGAAGGUCACAACAUAGCUGAUUACAUCGACCCUGAAAUUACGCAGAAAUUGAAACAGUUGGAAAAAGAAGAAGAACUGAAACAAAUGGCAGGUGAAUAUGAUUCAGAUUCUGAGAGUGAGGAUGAAGAAAUGAAAGACAUUAGGAAGUUGGCCUCUCAAAUUAGAGAAAAGAAAAAGAUGCAAAUUUUGAUAUCCAGAGAGAAACAAACGAAAAAGGGUCCCAAGAUGCCAAGAACGGCUAAAAAGAUUGAACGAAAAACUUUGGAAAAGGAGAUGGGAUCACUUGGUUUAGAUAUGGAUGACAAAGAUGAUGCACACUAUGCUGUGCAGGCUCGACGAUCUAGAAGUGUCACCAGAAAGCGUAAGCGUGAAGAAUCCCAACCACCAACAUCUAAAGUUCGAAGUCGGAGCACUUCUCGCACUCCACGUGAUCUUUCUGGUGUGCGUGAUGACAAGAUGUUGAAGAAGGUUAAGAAGAUGAUGAAGAACUCCCAACAGGAUAUGAAUCGCAUGGGAAAGAAAGGAGAAGCUGACCGACAUGUAUUUGAUCUUAAACCAAAGCAUCUAUUUGCUGGCAAGCGAAAAAUGGGUAGAACAGACCGUCGGUAAACUAAAAAGAAGUUAACCCACUCUAGAUUGCAGGACUUGGUGUUUAAUAUGCAACCCAUCAGAAAAAAGCUAAAGCAUCUUGAUUUACAUGUGAUGGAAGGACUGAGUGAGAGAAAUCUUGCACAAUGGAGAGAUCUCAUCAAGAGUAUAAUUGUGCUUUGAAAAAAAAAUUAAUUUGAAUGUUAAAUUUGAGCUUUGUUGUUCAUUCAAGGACAUGAUUCCUGAACUCAAGCAAUAAUACGUAAGAAGCAUUUUUCGAAACUGAAAUAGUCGAAUUUUGGAACGUCUGACAGAAUUCUACUUUGAAAAGUUCCUGAAUGCUACCAAAUGUUUGCAGAUGAUGACAGUUUGAUAUUCUGAAUAGAAUUUUAGCAAUGUGCAUUGUAAACAGAAUGAUCAGUUCUUACAUUCGUAAACAAGAUUUAAUUUGAGUUCAUUUAAAUGGAUGAACUUUAAAAGUGGGCUUAUUAUUUGGUUCAUAAUUGAAGUGUUAUAAUCCUGACUGCCUCUAAUCCAGAAAUGCCAGAUAUUUUCCAUUUAAAAUUACUUAACGUUGCUAUCCUGUUUAUUACAGCUUUUGUAUUGGUUGAGAAUUUUUUGAGAUCUUGUCUUCCAGUUGUUUUAGAACUGUGCAGUACAUUAUUUUGUGUUCUUUAAGCUAUUAGCAGAUCUAGCCUUAUACUGUUUGGAGGAUUUUUUCCUAUACUUUAGGAAAAGUAUAUGCUUUAACUUAUUUUAUUUCGUAUUCUCAAGUAUUUGUCUGCAGCACGAAAUGAGAUUGCAACAAAAUGCUAAAAUCCUUUUCUUUUAAAAGGUCAAUUAUUUGGUAUUUCUAGUGCAUUUCCAAACAUCUAACUAAGUAAUAAAAUUAAUUUUUAAAAAAGCUACGUGUAAUAUAUUUUAAAACAAAUAAUUCCUAAAAUAUGUUCCACGUGUUUUUCUAGUACAAUUACUUGAUAAAUUCUGUAGAUAAUUAGUAUUAAUGUUGGUCUUUGAGCAUGUAUUUGUGUUUUGUUAGAAGUGUUACAAGAAAUAUUAUCUUCUGACUGAAGUAAUGAUACUGAAAAUGUGCAGUCAUGCCAUGUUUCUAAGAUGGAAGAUUACUUGGAUAUCGUGUAACCAGUGGAUUCUUUAUUUCCCUCCCGUUUUUCAGUCUUCGCCCACGAGUGCUCGUGCACCAUUCUAUCUCUCUGAAAUAAAGGUGUCACUCAAAUUUCAA